UCAACAGUGACAGUGUUGAAGUGUGCUGGGAAACUCAAGCAAAUCCAUCAAGAGAGUCCCUACAAUGGAUACAUUGACAGAAGAUUUAGCACGGUCUGAUGUCGAAGCCGAAAUGACGAUGUUGGUGGCGGAAGAUGCAGCAGAACAAAAUGUUGAAGCAAGCGAUGAAGUGGAGAACCUUCGAAACAGUUUACGUGAGGCUGUCCACGAUGACAGCGUCCGACCUAAAAUGCAGUGCCUGCUGAUGGACACCUCUUUCUCCAUGGUGACCAUGCAAGGAGAAGACAGCGGGAUCGCAUGGGAAACAACCGCGAGUCGCUGUGCCACACCUUGGACACCUGAAGCAGGAACAAUGGAUGUUAGCUCACCAGCUCCAGUCCGACUCGGAGCAACGGGGUCUCAGCCUGCAGGAAAGAUCAUAUUUGUCAUGGACGAAGAGAUGAUUGCAAGACAGAGGAAACCUAAAGAAAGGGUGAACAAUCAGAAGAGCAAAGUGGAAAGAGAGCAAGAACUUUGGGAUGAAACCUUUGACAGUGUCUCAGGGCGACCAGAGUUGGUAGAAGUGUCCCAACCCAAUGUAAAAACUGAAGCAGAAGGGGAACAAGAGGAGGCGACUGAUCGUCUGGAGGACAAAGAGCAGAGUUUGUUCAGGAUAGUGUCAGAAGGUUCAGAAAUCCUCAACAUUGUUGUCCCUCCUAAAUUUGCCACCGUGGAUGAAGAGGAGAGCAAGGAAAUGGUGGACAACUUGUCAUAUCUGGAGGAGAGUCUUGUUCCCAAAACCAGUGCAGAGACUCAAGACAAUGACUUACCAUUCUCAGCAGAAACUGGUGAUCAGAUAAAGGUUUUACCUCCUACAGGUCCUGGUGCAAUGGACCCACCAGGGGCUCCGGUGGCCAGACCGCCAGUAAGAGGAGUGACUGGGAAUGUGGACUACUUUGAGGCGUUCUCUCUGAUUGAGGCCCAGGCUCCAGGAAGUCCUGCUGUGAUUCCACAAGGGCAGGAGGAGCAUGUGGCAAAAACAGCCACUGACAACCUGGAUGCUGAGAAACCAGUGGCACCUGAAGACCACAAAACGACCAAAAGUGUGGACACUGAUAAAUCAGACACAGUAAGUUUAGAGGAAAUAACCAGUGACCUUCUAGAUGAUGUCUUCUAUGGCGGUACAGAAAACUACGCUUUAAAAAGUAUCGAUGAUGAAGUUGGACUGGCAAAAAGUCCGAUAUCUAGGCUUGCUUCCAAACCAAGUGGUUCGUCUUUGUUCGGUAGCCAAGAGGACAUCCUGACACCAAUCUUCCUACCUGAAGGACCACCAAAAAUUAUUGACCAAAUAUUGCUGGAAGAGCCGACAGCCAUGGCUUUCCUUUACUCUGACCUGUAUGAGGAAGCAUUGGGCAGUAGGAAAAAGGAGGAGGAUGCAGAAAGCAUGACGUCUGAGAAGUCCUUCCAUAGCAGGCAUUCAGACCGAGAGGCCAGAGGUUACUUAGAGAAAUUUGUCCUGAUUGAUGAGACCCCUGCAGUGGAAACAGAACAGCAAGAAAAAGAAAUUUUUACAUCAGAGGAAUCUCGGACUCUACCUCAAGAUAUGUAUGACUUUGAAGACGUUCUCGCCAAGUCUGAAAAAGAGAGGCAACACUCAGACGACGUCACGGACUUCUUCAGGUCUAGUGCCAAUUCUUCUCCCUGUGACGUAGAACCUUUCCCUCGAUCCCUAGAAGAGGACGACAUUCAAACAGCAAAGAGUAGCAUCAAGACUCAAAAAAGUGUCUCAAUAGCUGCAGAAAAAGUCUCAGAAACCCCAGUAGAUCCUCUCGGCUUUUCAAGCUAUGAGUUCCUGCCAGAUGAACCAGACUGGGAGGAUGUAGAUGAUGGUCCUACACACCUAGACAGAAGAUCUGUUGGAGGAGAAGAACUGGGAAGGCAAGAAUCCGAGCUCAACAAACCAGAUGUCCCUCCCAGGAGAAAGACGGCAUCCUCUCCUGCUAAAUCCUGCUUGGAUCUAACACCUCUUACUCCGGUUGAUAUGAUUACACAAGAGAAAGAGGAGGCUGGAGGAAAGGAGCACAGGGUGGAGGAAAAAGAGACAGCAUCACCCGUAGAGACUGCUGACGAAGGAGACGGAAAUGAAGAAGACACUGUGGCGACUGAAUCCGAAGUUGCACAACUUGACAGCGAUCCAGUUGAGUUGAAAACCGGGACCCUGGAGAGUGAAAGCACAAAAGAGUCUGAUGAGACGACUGUCACAGACGCAAAACUAAAUGAAGAGGAAGAAGCAAAACCGAACGAAGAUAGAAGUGAGAGUCAAGAAGCAACGACCGCUACAGGACUCAAAGAAACAGAUGUUGAGACAGAGGUUAAUUUGGAGAAACAAGAAGACAGACCCACCACCUCAUCAGCUGAUCCUGCUGUAAACAAAAGGCAGUGUGUAAUACUUUAGUUUAGCCAAAAAGCUACCAUUUAAAACCCACUAAAAUGUUCUUCCACACAGUUCCUACAGGUUAAAGUCAUGGUGACCAGUUUGUGUAACACAUAGAAUAAGUGCUGGUUUUUGACCCCCCACCACUUAGUUCCUUUGAGGUAUUAAUUGCUUUUUAACCCAAGAGGUUCAGGUAUGGAAUGGUACUGCCAAUUGUUUCAUUCUAAUUGUGUGUCGGGACGCUUUGUACCUGCACUGACAAUGAAUGAUUCACGAUCAUUCUCUAACUAGCAGGUCACACAGUUCUUUUGGCGUGAUCAAGGGUUGGGAUCUGUCAUAUGUUAAGAAUUAAUAGGCAAAACAAGGAUCAGAACCAAAAUAAAUCAAAAAUACAAUUGCAACAUUUUCAGAAAAUACAGUAGUUUUGUGCCGUGUGAAUCUAGUUUUGUUUUUUUUACCGUGCACUAGUUCAUUGGGCUCUGCACGCUUACAUGUGGAGCCCAUUUGUUUGUUGACCUGGUACAUUGUACACACCUCCACCGAUUUUAAUUCCCUCAAUCAAACAGUGGCACCAAAUCCAUAGCAGUUACAGAAAAUUAAGGGUCAGACUAAUUUUCUGACCCUUGUUGGGGGAAAAAAACAACACCCUUGUUUGCAUACUUACAGCUAUCUAGUUUAUAUGAAAACAGAGAGAUACGGUAAGUGCAUUCUGACUGCUGGAGCAGAUAGCCUGACUAAUUUAUCAGAUAAUAUCCACUUGUUAUGCUUGUGUACGGUCUUAGGGGACACAUUGUAAAACGUUUUCAGAUUGUGUGGUUUGUUAAGCUUUUGAAAACCGCUACGAAAUUUAACAGGUGUUUGUUUGAUAUAUUUGUGGGCAGAAAAGCCUAAGUAAUAUGCGUUACUGAUUUCUUGGCUGCAAAUACAGCCAAAACAAAAGCAACUUCAUAGCAUGAUAUAUCUUGUUAGAUUUUUUGUGCUAUUUUUUACUCUAGGUUUUCACAUUGCCAAAACACUCCCACUGUGCCUAAAUCUAAAAACCCCCCUGUUUUUCCAAUUUUUUUAUUGUGAUUGGAUUCUGCAUUAACUCAAAAUGAACCGUUGCUGUCACAUUGAUCCAUUAUGUUAUGUUUCUCCAGGUGAACCCAGUCGCUGUAGCAAUAAUGCAUGAUUCACUAGUGGGGGGGAAAGGUUUGGGUCACGAGUGCCAAUAAUAAUUAAAAAAAAGAACUGAGAGCACGUGUGACGUCAAGGUGCACCUUUGACUAAAAAUAAACCCAUCUGGCUGCUAAUAUGA